CACUUCACUUUUCCGGUUUCAUUCACAAAAAAUCUCCGACCAAAAAUUGGGGAACGACGAUGGCGACGACUCUCCAGAAACUCUCCUCUCAAAUCCACCGCCUCUCUCCAUUCACCAGAUCCCUAAUCGUCCGCACCUCCGCCACAUCUGCUCCUUCUCCGUCUCUGGGAUCUAAGAAAGUCUCCGACCGAAUCGUCAAGCUUUCUGCGAUCGAUCCCGAUGGAUACAAGCAGGACAUCAUUGGUCUCUCUGGUCAGACUCUCCUUCGUGCGCUCACUCACACUGGUCUGAUUGAUCCGGCAUCACAUAGAUUGGAUGACAUCGAAGCUUGCUCAGCGGAGUGCGAGGUUCAGAUCGCAGAGGAAUGGCUCGAGAAGCUCCCGCCGCGUACCUACGAAGAGGAAUAUGUGCUGAAGCGUAGCUCUAGAUCCCGUAUCCUGAACAAACACUCGCGUCUUGGUUGCCAAGUUGUGUUAACGCAGGAGCUUCAAGGUAUGGUCGUCGCUGUCCCUGAAGCUAAGCCUUGGGACAUUCCGUAAGUUUUUGUUCUUGAGGCUCUCUCAUAAAUGUUGGGUUCGUUCUAAAAUUGGCUAAUAAAAUUCGCUUUGGAAAUUUCGGUACACUGCAGAUAACUCCAUUUGAAUCUGUAAUUUUCGUUUCCUUACUUUAAAUUUUGUAAUGUGGUAAAGAACUUUGCUUGUUUAAACGAUUCCCUGCUUCAAGUAUGGGUGAAUGUUGCUUUCUUGAUUUCAUUUUCGUUGCUUCUUCUUCCAUUAGAUAGUUUCUCUCCCUCAGGUGAACUUUUUUUGUGUGUUCGUUUUAGAGUUUAGCAGAAACGUAGGAGGGGUUAGAGAUUAUGGUGCUAUAUCUAGAGAUUGGCAAAAGUAAUUGGAAAAUCCAAGGGGGUUAAUGAACACAUUGUGUCCAA